GUCCCGCCCUCGGCCGCGAGCUGAUUGGCCGCGCGCGCCAACCGUCGGUAUUUGAAUCGGCGGCGGGCGGGCGCACCCUGGGACUCUGCGUCUCCCGCUCCGUGUGCUCAGCGCGGUGGCCGGCAGAAUGAGUCUGCAAAUCUUCAAUGACGAAAAUGUCACUGGUGACAGAAGUACAGAAAACUGCGACUUCCUGUUUUCACCACUGGAACUUACCGGAAGAUCCUCUGUUCUCUGUCUGUCACAGAAAGAAAAUGUGCCACCCAAGAGCAUAGCCAAAGCUAUGAAGGUGACUUUUCAGACACCUCUGCGAGACCCACAGACACACAGGAUUUUAAGUCCUAGCAUGAGCAGCAAACUCGAGGCUUGCUUUGGUCUGGGCGACACCAUUGGAUUAGAAAACCCUCAAGUUUGGACUCCGAGAGAGAAUCGACAGCUCUCCAUGGACGUGGACACCAGAACAGCCAACUGGCUCCUUCAGGACCCAGCGGGAGCUCAUGCCAGCUCCCUCCCAGAGGACCCGAGAGCCGCCUCUGAGGACAGGCAUUUUGGCGUGCCCACCUCCACACCCCAGGCCAGACUGGGCCCCCCAAGCUCUCCCCAGACCCCAGCAAGUCUUGAAAACCAAGUGGCACCUGCAGGACGAAUGUCUGACAGCCCUGUGCAAGGGUUGGAGGACAAUGGUAGUUGUGAUUCCCUAGAAAAAACCACUACAGCCACCUCCAAAAUCCUAGAGGAUCCUCCCAGGAUGGCAUCCCAAGACAGAACGGAGGAGCCUCAAGGAACCACAGGAGAAAGCCCGAGGGGAGCCCCUGUUUCCUCGGCCUGGGCCAGAUUGCCCUCUGGUACUCACCCCAAAGUUGCCCACAGAGAAGACCCCUUUGCAGGCCUGCCUGGGGCCCUUGCCAGCCCUAAGGGUGCUUCUGGUCCUGAGAACACUGCCCCAGCCAGGCCCCCGAGUCCUCAGAAUGGCGAGGCCAAUGGCCGGAUGGCUGACUCUUCGAGGAGUCAGCCCAUUGGGAUAGAAUGUGACUUCUCUAACGAUGCCACCAGCAGAAGGCCACCCCCACCACGGGGACUGGGGAAGAGAGCCGACCUCCAACCUCCCUCGAGACCAGAGGCGAGGCAGGAAAAGGCCCCCGAGGAGGCGGGUGAAGGUCCUGUUCCCCCUCCCCAGGGGUCUUACGAGCUGGACUGGGACAAGCUGGAUGACCCCAACUUCAACCUGUUCGGAGGUGAUGGAGAAGCCCAGCCCCCAGAACACCCACAGAGCAGGCUGGCCGGGCCUAUGGCCGAGCUGCUGAUCGCUGGGCCUGCGGCCUCAGGGGACUCACAUCCAAGCCAGCAGGUGCCUUCAGCCCCAGCAGAUGACAUACCUGUGAUGCAGACCGCGGCAGGGACCACAGGCGAGGUACGGAGUGUGUGCCCGAGCAUGAGCAUAUCCUCACACUGUCACCACUAUUUGCAUAUGGUAACAGGGUGGAGGGAGUCCAGUGGUGAUGGGGAACACACUGCUGCCCCCCACCCGGGACCCGCAACUGUGCUAGAUGCCCAAACUGAGCCACCCAGGUGGCCCUCACCUUCCUUCCAGGAGGAAACUGCAAAUUCUCCAGGGGCCGCGGCUCCUUCCAGCAGCCCAGGCAGUGAGCCCACAGCCUCGCCUGCUGACCCAGCGCCCCCCACUCCUCAGGCGGGGCCAGAGCCUGGGUUGGACCAGAGUGAGGAGUACUUCCGAGACCCAGCCGAGGUCCUAGGUGCGGGGGCCGAGGUGGACUACCUGGAGCAGUUUGGGACUUCCUUGUUUAAGGAGUCGGCCCUGAGGAAACAGUCCUUAUACCUCAAGUUCGACCCGCUUCUGAAUGACAGUCCUCAGAGACCAGCGGCCGCUGAGACCCCCAGUGUGCGGGGCGUGGACCCGCCUUCCUCAGAAAGCGCACCUGAAGCCAGGCUGGUGGACCUCGACUUCCUAGGAGCCUCAGACGUCCCCGUGCUGGGCCCGCCUCCAUGUGUUCUUGGGCCCGUGGGCCCGCUGCUGCCUGUGGGGCCCAUUGUGGACGUGCUGCAGUACAGCCAGAAGGACCUGGACGCGGCGGUGGAGGCGGCCCAGGAGGAGACCCUGCAGCUCAGGAGCAGGUGCGAGGCCCUGCACGAGAAGAACCUGGAGAUGGGGAAGAUCAUGGACGGCUUCGAGAAGAUCGUGUACCAGGCGAUGGAGGAGGCUCAGAAACAGAAGGAACUGGCCAAAGCCGAGAUCCAGAAGAUUUUGAAAGAAAAAGACCAGCUGACUGCAGACCUGAGCUCCAUGGAAAAGUCAUUCUCUGACCUGUUCAAGCGGUUUGAGAAACAGAAGGAGGUGAUUGAAGGCUACCGCACGAAUGAAGAGUCACUGAAGAAGUGUGUUGAGGAUUACAUAGUCAGGGUGGAGAAGGAAGGCCAGCGGUACCAGGCGCUGAAGGCCCAGGCAGAGGAUAAGCUGCGGCUGGCCAAUGAGGAGAUCGCGCAGGUGCGCAGCAAGGCCCAGGCGGAGGCCCUGGCUUUCCAGGCGAGCCUGAGGAAGGAGCAGAUGCGCGUCCACUCGCUGGAGAAGGCCGUGGAGCAAAAGACUAAGGAGAACGAUGAGCUGACCAGAAUCUGUGACGACCUCAUCUCCAAGAUGGAGAAGAUCUGACGCGCGUCUUGGCCCUGCACCCACCCGCCUUGCCCCUGUCUGUCUGUCUCCCUGUCUGUCAGAAGUUUUCAUGUUCUUUUCUAACCUCAGCUCGUUUUUAAACCAGAUUGCUUUAGAAAAACUAAAUAAAGUUUCCCUUAAGUUGAA